AUGGGUAGGAAAAAGUUCAUCGAAAACGAAGAUGGAACAAAUAAAGUCAUCGAAACAGAAGAAGUCCCGAAGAAAAAAGAAGACAAAGAAUAUCGACUGAGAUAUCUUGGACAGAACAUCAAAGCCGGGAAAAAAUCUUUCAAGGAUCAGUUUUUCAUGAGUUAUGAAGAUGGACUCAAGCUGAUUAAGAAGCUGAGAGGGAAAGGAAAGGGUGGGCAAUUGGUUCAGAAGAAAAUGCCACGUCACGUUUCUCUACCUUACCACAUGUCCGGAAAGAGUGCAAUGGACGAAUCAAUCAAUUGGAUCGCUCAAAAUACGGUCGGAAAGUAUAGAAACGAGUAUAAAGGAAUCGUUGUGGCCGUAGGAAAUGUAGAAACUGUGUCAGCGCCACGCGUUAUUGCCGAUCAGUACGCAUUCCAUACUGAUGUAGCAAUUAAUCAAAUCGUAUUCAUUCCGAAAGUUGGAGACAAGUACGAAGCAAAUGUGAAAUAUGUGCAGGAGGGACUUAUCGUUGGAGUUGUGAUGGGAAUGAUCACAAUUCACGUAAAGCUGAAUGAUAAAACAUCUGAAGACCAAGUAGGCAUCGAUGACAAAAUUUUGGUCAAAUACAGCAAUGUCCGCGUCAAAAAUUCCUUAUGCCACUUGACAGGAGCCUAUGUGAAAAUGAUUGAGAAGUGA